AUGGCAGACACCACUGAGAAGCACCGGGCCUUUGUGACCGAGCCGAUUGGGGAAAAGCCGGUGACGGCGCUGCCGGGCAUCGGGGAAACACUGGGCCAGAAGCUGACGGCCCAGGGCUUCGACAAGGCCUCCGCGGUUCUGGAUCAGUUCAUGCAGAUGAAGAGAGACACGGAAAUGUUCAAGACCUGGCUGAAAGACACCACCGGCGCCAACGCCUACCAGGCCGACUGCUGCGCUCAGGCCCUGAAGGACUGGGAUGUCCACCACGUGGCAGAAGCACCGGGACUUUGUCACGGAGCCGAAGGGGGAGAAACCGGUGACGACCCUGUGGGGCAUCGGGGAGACGCUCAGCAGGAAGCUGGAGGACCCGGGCUUCAGCAAGGUGCCCCCCCACCCAGCGGGACGUCCACCACGUCUCAGAAGCACCGGGACUUCGUGGCCGAGCCGAUGGGGGAGAAGCCAGUGACGGCCCUGCCGGGCAUCUGGGAGACGCUGGGCAGGAAGCUGGAGUACAAGGGCUUCAGCAAGGCCUACGUGGUUCUGGGUCAGUUCCUGCUGCUGAAGAAGAACCAGGAGAUGUUCACCGAUUGGCUGAAGGAGAACAACGGCGACAACGCCAGGCAGGCGGAGGCCUGCGAGCGGUGCAUGAGGGAGUGGUGCGACACCUUCCUGUAG